AGGAGACUGUUAGUGCUGCAGCUCCGUCUGAUCAUAAACACUCAUAAUCAGCCGUAAUUAACUCAGUAUUCAUGGAAUAGAAGCAGAAGUGAUCGGGGGAAGUUACAUUUCACUCUGCGGUGAAGCCUCGUUCAUGUUUCGGCUGUUUGUGGUUAAACGGUGGGCUGUGUAAGACGGCUCGAUCGGACCCCGGGGCUCCGGUGAAGGCGGGGCCGGGUGAAGGUGGUCGGAGGUCGGUAUGGAGAGCGGAGAUGGAGUCGGUGCAGCCCGAGGCCCCCCGGCACUGCGCUGCGCCUCCUUCAACCAGGACUCCACGUCGUUGGCUGUGGGCACUAAGGACGGGUUCAGACUUUUCUCCGUCACGGCUGUGGAUAAACUGGAGUGUAUUCACGAGAGCGCAGAGAACCCAGACGUCUACAUCGUGGAACGUCUGUUCUCCAGCAGCCUGGUGGUGGUGGUGAGCCGCUCGGUGCCGUGCCGCAUGAACGUCUACCACUUCAAAAAAGGAACGGAAAUCUGCAACUACAGCUACUCCAGCAGCAUCCUCGCCGUGCGCCUCAACCGACAGAGGUUGGUGGUUUGUCUGGAGGAGUCCAUCUACAUCCACAACAUAAAGGAUAUGAAGCUCCUGAAAACUCUCCUGAACACCCCACCCAACCCCUCAGGUCUCUGCGCUCUCUCCAUCAACCAUUCCAACUCGUACCUGGCGUAUCCCGGCAGCACCAGCAUCGGGGAAAUCAUCGUCUACGACGCCAUCAGUCUGAACACAGUGACUGUAAUCCCAGCUCACGACAGUCAGCUAGCGGCCAUCACCUUCAACGCUACCGGAACCAAACUGGCCAGCGCUUCUGAGAGGGGUACGGUGAUCCGGGUCUUCUCCAUUCCAGAGGGACAGAGACUGUUCGAGUUCCGCAGAGGAAUGAAAAGGUACGUGAACAUCAGCUCCUUGUCAUUCAGCCCUGACUCUCAGUUCCUUUGUGCAUCCAGCAACACGGAGACCGUUCACAUCUUCAAACUGGAACAACACACACCCAGUGGGGAGGAGGAUAACCCCUCAUGGUCUGCGUACGUGGGGAAGAUGUUUUCGGCAGCGAGCAGCUAUUUACCCGCACAGGUUUCAGGAAUGAUGAGUCAGGAUCGAGCCUUCGCCACCGUCCGUCUCAACACGAACAACCACAAACACACCUGCACUUUAACUACAAUCCAGAAGCUUCCGCGGCUCCUCGUGGCCUCGUCUGACGGGCAGCUCUUCAUUUAUAACAUCGACCCUCAGGACGGAGGAGAGUGUACGCUGGUACAGACUCACAGGUUGUUGGGAUCAGAUGAAGAACCGGAGGUGUGCGAGGGUUCCGCCGUUCCGUCUUACGCUGCCGCCACCGCCAUCGGAACCUCCGGACCCGUUUCUGCCACGCUGACCGGUUACUCAGAGGACGGAGGGGUGAUGAAGGGCGAGGUGAUUCCAGAACACGAGUUUGCGGCCGGCCCGGUGUGUCUGGACGAUGAGACCGAGUUUCCUCCAAUAAAUCGGUGUCGUGACGGAUCUCGCCGUGACAGGAUCGGCCGUCCGUGAGAGCCUUCAGCACGAAGCGGGACGAUCCUCAGCUCACGGCCCGGGACUAAUUAACUCGUUUCAGGACAAAUUAAGCAUUUACGGACUAAUCGAUCUCAUUUCAGGGUGCUAACGAUAGACUGAAAGGACGGCGAGGGGGUCGGUGCUCGCCCUCUGAAGGGUGUGUUACACAAUCCUGCAGGUGCAUGAACGAAACGUAGCCACGUAAACGAUGCAUUAUUUUAUGUGAUACUGUAGCCUCGUAUUAUUUUAUUAUAUUAACAGCAGCUUAUUCCGAUGAACUUGUUGUUUUUACGACGUGUACUUGCUGUGUUAAUAACUAAUCCAUGUUUACACCUUCUCAUCCUGAACACUAAUAUUGCAGGAUGGAUUUAUGUUUGUGCCUAUAUGAUUUUAUUUGUAUUUUGCUGGAAGACCAAAAAAAAGAAACUGUAGAAAAUAGAGAUGAAUUUAUGCAAAUCAAA